UCAGCAUGUCCCAUAAAUCCUAUAACGACUUCCAUUCUUGGAGGAUCUAUUCCGUUGGGAGCCACUAAUCUGACUCUCAUUCCAGCAAACACCAAUUGCACAUUUACGUUUGACAUUCCAAAUGGAUACGCUCUACUACUCCAACUUUCCGUUGACUUCAAAUCAGAUAACGAUUCAAUUUCCGUGAUAGAUAACACACAAAAAAUCAGAGAACUUCGCCACAGUGAUAAAGUUUUGAAUGCUCCUGUUUGGUUAGCCGCUGGACAAGCGCAGAUUCAAGUGAUUAGUGUAUCUGGGAACAGCGAAUUCUUUGCCACUUAUAAUUACAAGUUUCUGAAUAAUUAUACCCAAGUCAAGAAAUCUACUGGAAACUAUUUUCCACUCUCUCUACUUUCCAAUAAGAAUUACUUUACAUUUUUCACUGCUCCAGGUGAAAAGGUUGUGGCUACUGUUGGGAAGAAAACCAGUGGUCAGAUUGAUGGGGCGCUUUCCCAGAUUUUUGUAUAUGAUGGAGAUGAUAUCAGCACUUCAAAAAUGGUUGGUACCCUCGAGGACUUUGGAUCAUCUACUAUCAUGACCUCGUCGAACAAUUCUCUUACACUGGUGAACUUCUACGGCACUAAAUCGCCAUCUUAUGUCAUUGGAAACGAUGCUUCUACACUCGAUGGUUUCUUUAAGUACUCUGUGAUUAUGACUACCAGUGGAACAGGAAUCAGUGGAACACUUGGAGAUCUAACUGGACUUGUUGGUGGAUACACAUUUAUCUGCACUGAUUGCAAUCGAUUCUACAUUACGAAGUUCGAUUUCGAUGGAUUGGUUAUUAUUGACAGUGCCUACACAAAGUUCCAGGGACAAACACCAACCCAUCAAAUGGAAAAAUUGAUCACUUAUAGCCCAGCAACAUACAUGCCUGAACAAAUGCCACAACUCAUCCCAUCUGGAAUCUUCACAUUGAGCGUUCACCUUUCAAAAAUCAUUUUCAACAUUAACACUGUCAAUGAUGAAUUUGCUUGGAAGUCACCUUACCAUGGAAGAAAGGGAUACAUUUUCUCCACAAACCUCUGGAAUCCAGCCGUGAUUCCAAACAAUUUCAACUACGAAUUCCGCAAUGACUCUCAACUCUACACCUAUUCAGUGAAUGCCGAAAAUAUGAGUUUUGGAUUAAGAGAUGAUAAAAUGACUCUCCAAAUUGGAACAGGAUCUGAGGAGCCCGUUGUUGACAAUCAAUAUCCACGAGAUCUGUCUUCCAGUCAAAAAGUGAUGUCAAAUGGUAACUACAUGCAGGUUGGACUUUCUGCAUCAGCGGCUUCUGAUGUUCGUUUGUCAUUUGAAAUGCAAAAAGGCAACCCAGCUAGCGCCGUUGGAAUUCUCACCGCUUUUGCUCUCUCGAUUUUC